AUGUACAUUGUGAAUACCGCAAAAGAGAUUCUAAACUGUCGCAACAAUAAAGGACAUAUGGUACUUGAAAUUCGUGAACUGUCUCCAGGUAAUGCAGAAAGCAAGCAGUCAAAGAAAGCCGUAAAGGCAGCUGCUGGUAAAAGUACAGAGUUGUUGCCUCUCUUAGCAGGGGCACAAGAAACUAAUUCUCGACAACAGACACUUGAAAACUCCAAAGAUAUACUUGAGACAAAAAACAGGAGCCUUCUUCAAUAUCUGAUUGACAUAGGCAAUGGUUGUGAGCUGCCCUUAGACUUCAAACUUGGCUACCAGCCAGAGGUUGUGCCUACACCAAGCUCAAGCAUGUCAGCAAAAUCUAGGAAGGAUUCAGUUACUUUUACUGCAGGCACAAACCCUCCUGGUGGGGUCUUCCAAGAGGGGCCACUGAAAGGAAAAUCCACAGUUGGCAGAACAACAGCUUUUAGGGUCUUUACAGUAAGCAACAACAUUGCAUUUUUCACAUCUCUGUGUAUUGUUGUUGUCUUAGUUAGCAUCAUCCCCUUUCAAAGAAAACAAAUGAUGAAAAUGUUGGUGAUUACUCACAAGGUCAUGUGGGUGGCUGUGUCGUUCAUGGCUAUUGCUUACAUUGCUGCAACAUGGGUGACCAUGCCACAUUGUAGAGAAUCAGGAUGGAUGUUUGAAGUUCUACUGGCUAUCAGUGCUGGGACUGUAGGAACCGUGUUCGUGUAUCUGGCAAUUGCGCUGAAAAGACAUUGGUUAAGGAGUUGA